UGAUACGUUGUAAUUAAAAUUAGAAAGUCCUAAUUUGGUCACAACUCACAAUGCAUAAGUGGCAUUAAGUGGUCAAUUUUGUCAAAAGUUCGGAGUAACAUACAAGUUUUUUUUUUUUUUUUUUUUUUUUUUUUUUUUUUUUUUUUUGAGGGAAAGUAACAUACAAGUUAGGGACAUACCACACCCUCUAUAUAAAGCCUUACAAAAACACAACUUCAAGCACCAAAAACCAAUAACAAAUUACCAACUCCAAAAAAAACUGAACCAAAAUGGCGCUUAAAACGAACCACAUUAGCCUUCUUGCUCUACUUCUCACCCUCAUCACCCUAGCCGUGUCGCAAGGGAUCCUAGCCGUUGAUUACACGGUCACAAACAAUGCAGCCUCAACAUCCGGUGGCAUGGUCUUCGCCAACCAAAUUGGCGAAGACCAUGCGCACCAAACACUCGAAAGUGCCACCAACUUCAUAUGGCAAACUUUCCAAGAAAACACUGAUGCUGACCGCAAGUCAGUUGAUCAAGUUAGCCUAAUCAUAGUGCCUAGUUUGCCACCAAAUAUCGUGGCCGAAACCGGUAACAACCAAAUAAGUUAUUCUGCCGAGUACAUUACAAAUAGUGGCUCGUCUGAUGACAUUAAAAAUGGAUUUGAUGGAGUAAUUUACCAUGAAAUGGCUCAUGUUUGGCAAUGGAAUGGUAAUGGUCAGGCUAACUCCGGAUUGAUUGAAGGUAUAGCUGAUUUUGUGAGGUUAAAAGCCGGGUUCAUCCCGAGUGGAUGGGCUCAACCAGGAGAUGGUGACAAAUGGGACGCUGGCUAUAGCGUGACGGCUAGGUUCUUGGACUACUGUGAGAGUUUGAUGAAUGGAUUUGUGGCUCAGCUUAACAUGAAGAUGAAAGAUAGUUAUAAUGAUGGUUUUUUUCAGGAUUUGUUGGGUAAAAGUGUUGAUCAACUUUGGUCUGAUUAUAAGGCUCAGUAUGGACAUUAGAUUGGUUAAAGUAUAAUAUAAUAUAAGUGUAACACUUGAAUUGCACCAAUUUGAUUAUUAUGUAUUGGUAUAUGUACUUCCGUUGUUUAUGUUAGGUUGUCACUAAUUAUUAACGUGACAAUUAAUUCUGGACUUAUAUGAAAAAAAUUAUAUUAUUGCCAUUGUUAUAUCUCUCCUUUGUUGGGAGUACAAUAAAGUAAGUUUUGUUAAGUUGAUUAUUUAACUACUAGUGCAUGAUGCAAUUGUAUCAAGUGUAUCCAAUACAAAGCAGAUUUAAGGUUC